GUCGAAACACUGGGUCCGCUAGCGCGGCCUCUGAGACACGCGCGCCGGUGCCCGAGCCCUCGCGGUCCUAGCCCCGCGUUUCCGGCGGCGGCGCUGGUCGCGGAGCCGGCGAACGAGGGCGCGCCGAGCGGCGGCGGCAGCGUCCGCGGGGGCGGCAGUCGGAGCAGCCACUUCCCGCGGGGGGGUUACGCGCUGGAAUCGCAGGCCGCAGCCCACCAACCCAACAGUCCGCCGCCGUGUCUACUCCCUCUGCCCACCACCGCACCUCCGCCCCCGCACCACCGUCCCCGUCGGCAUGUGAGCGGCCCCCACGAUGCUGAGCCUGGCCUGCCCCGUCGAGCUCCGCCGGGUGCCGCGCCUCAGCCGACCCCACGAGCCCAGCGAGGCGGCCACCGGCGGCGGCAUGGGGUAGCCCCGCCACGGCAACGCCGGCCUGCCUCCAGCGUGUGUGUGCGUGCGCUCCGAGCCACGAACUGCACGGAAGAGCGCCCCGGAGCCGCCAGCCAGCUCAAUGCGGCGCUCCCCAGGACGCCUGGCUGUUGCAGCGUUGGCAGUCACACUCCUGACAAUAACGAGCAGUAUGAUUGCAGGCAAAGAGAUCAAGAGCUUCAAGUGGGGCGAGCUGGACGAGGUGGAGCGCGCGCGCAUCUGCCACAACUUCACCGAGGGCGACAAGGUGCGCCAGGAGCUGUACUCGCCGCUGUACAACGGCACCAACCACUAUCCGAACAACACCGAGUGCACGCGAGUCAUUCGCGCCCCCUACAACCACAUGGUGCGCCUGGACUUCCGCGACCGCUUCCACCUGGAAGAGUCGCCCACGUGCGAGUUCGACUACCUGGAGAUCCGAAACGGCGCGUACGCCUACUCGCCACUCGAGGCGCGGCUCUGCGGCGAAACCUUCCCCAAGCCCGUGCAGUCCGAGGGACGCCACCUGUGGCUCAAGUUCUCCUCGGACGCCAGCAUCGAGUACACGGGCUUCAAGGCAGUAUACACCUUCAAGCCGGCGCCCAAGACCCAUGAGCCACCACCCGAAGAGUGCCUGUUCAACGUCGAAGGCAGCCACGGUGUCAUUGGCUCGGAAGACAUCAAGCCAUCCCAGCUGGAACACUCCCGCCAAAACAAGCUCCCCCUGGAGUGCACAUGGAGCAUUCGGGUGAAGCCAUCCUGGAAGAUGUACCUGACAUUCCUCGAGUACAAGCUAGCGGACCCAAACAAUUGCCGCUCCAACUUCGUGGACAUCCUCGCAGAGGAGCCUCAGCACGAGUCAUUGAGCCACUUCUGUGGCACAAUGGCGGAGCCCACCCAGUCCAAGUCGAACCACGUCAAGGUGCGCUACUACGCCGAGCACGGCGCCCUCAAGGGCGGGAACUUCUCCAUCCUCUUCACUGCCUUCAGAGAGAUCUCCAGCGGAGAGAGGUGCGAUCCGGAAACAGAAUUCAGUUGUGACGAUGGCUGGUGCAUCGAUGUGAAACUGAAGUGCAACGGCCAGUUCAACUGCAAGUAUCGCUACGACGAGGAGUCGUCAAUCUGCCACGUCGGCUCGAAUGUCGGCGUGGUUCUCUCGAUGAAGCACAUGGUGGUGAUCCUGGUGGUGUUCUCGGCCUUGGUAGUUGGAAUGUGCGCCUCCAUCGGCAUAACCUGCCACAACAAGAUCCAGGAGCGUCGGCGCCGGGAGCGCGAGUACAAGCUGCGGCGCUCCAAGGAGGCUUCCGUCGAGGUGGGUCUUGACCUAUCCGCCGGAAACCUGGAGGCAGCGCUGGCGCUGCAAGCAGCUGAAAUCGGCGCGCGCCGAGCUGGUGGAAUGCCACCUAGCGCACCUGCAGCGACGACUUUGGUGGGACCCACGGUGCUACGACCCGAAGACGACGACAACGGCUGCUACGUGCCCGAGGUGGACCUGAGCGUGUUCCGCAAGCACCCGAACGGGCGGCCGCUGUCGCCGGCAACGGAGGCGUAGCGCUCGUGUCCGCAGCAUGGCGACCUGCAUAGUCUGCGUAGCGACAGCGUCACGCCUCCGAUCCCGCCUCCACCGCCGCCGCCCCACAAAGCCCAUCCUCCGCCCCGCGUCGACAUCUAUCGCUGAGCGCGACCUGCGACGACGACAGCCGAGCGCGCACGACACGCCCGGCGCCACCUUGCUCAACAACCGACAGGACCGUGCCGAGGAGGCGAUGUCGCGCGCACCGCGGGGCGCCUCUGCAGCGGCCUCCUCUUGGGAAGAAAGGCAGGAAAGGUUGUUCUGCACUGCCUUGCAUAUUAACCCUGCUCAAAGUUACGGGAACCAUUUAUUCGCCCUCGACACGAGCUGGCUUGAAGAGUAAAUCGUGUGGUUGCGCGAGUGCGCGCUUCGUCGAAGAGUGUGGCGCGGGACAAUGGGCUGGCCUUCGAACGAGAGCGAUCAUCGGUGCCAGGGCAGCUCGUGGCAAGCGUUACACUCUGGACACAAGCGGUCUGCGCAUAGCCUUUCACGUUCACUCAACCCAUUGACUCAAAGCACGGUGUCGUCGGACUCAAAGUGUCACAAUUGAAAAAAAAAAUGUUAUUGACUUCUCUUUUCGAACUGACGCUGUGGUGCUCGUGUGUGGACGCCUCUGUACAGCGCGGGUGUUACUUUACUAGGAGUACUAAUUACUCUUUGCCUGUUUACAAUACACACAACGGAAACAACGACAACAAACUCGGUCCCGGAGGAAGCCAGUCUGGUGCCCUGGUUUCCGUCGUUCAACGCGCGCCUCGUGGUUUCGCCCGCUAUGCCUGACCCCAAGUGAAGCAACGAAAUCGAGCGAAUAUCAAAAACGUAUGCGAGAACUCGGGUACACAACCAACGUUCACGCGUUGCGACACAGCAUGCGACCGAUCGGUUCAUUAUUGGACAGGGGCGCUUCAUCUACUACACCAACGGGGGAAGGGCGCAGGGCUAUCAAAACAUAAGCUCUAGAGCCAGCUACGUUCUUUGUACUCCCCCUUGUUCCUAGAAUAGCGCAACUGUUAAUGAAAGCACUAUCCGGUAGCGUAAGGUCACAUUUGCUUGCGGAGACUAGAGUGAGCUGGUCUUCCAAAAAGCAGUCGGGCUGCGCUAGCGCAUCGGAAACAAGUCACAUAGACCGCGUCUCUCCCACGAUUACCCUUUCGCUGCCGGAAUACGGGGGAUGGCCGUUGAACGGCGGAAGCAGUGAUGCCUGUAAGCACAACGUGCUUCCUGAUCCGGGCGUCGCCAAGGGACGCUCGAUGCUACUCUUCCAUCUAUAACAAUUCCACAUGUGAAAACCGUGAGAGUUCCCAUUCCCGACCCUGUUUAGUUGCACUUUCUUCCCGACCUGCCUUCGUUGCAGCCCGGUGAGAUUCAGACACGCUGUAUCUGUGUAGUCUUUCCCUCCGUCGUGUAUGUAGCUUCACUAUGUUCAGUAGGCGUCCGCAGAAGAAGCCUCUCUUCGUUCCACUCGGCCAAUCUUGUAUCUUCACAUACUUCAGGAUGAUCUAGAAUUAAUUUGUUUGUUUUCAUUUAGUAAAUAUUAUUGGCUUCCGCUUGCGGCCGGCUUGCGAUGGUUACCGUAGUUUUUUACGAAAUAUUGGUAGGUAAUGGUAGCUUUCCCCAUAAGAGUUUUCGAUCAAGAGACAAGAAAAAAGAGUGAAAUAAAAAGCAGUGUGUGUAAACAAGCACGAACAACAGUUCCACAUCUGAUCAUUGUCGUGCUACCAACGUUAAAAUAAGUUUUGAGCUUGACUAUUAUUUGCCUUAUUUAUGUCAAGGUGUCGCUAUUAUAAGGUAGAUUUCUUAGCGGGAAAACAUGGCGCGUAUAAAAGAAAGAGGUUCUUAAUAAGGUUAUUAUCAGCCGUCUGUGUUUCUUAUCUGUUUCGUUGUUGGCAAUGCAAAACUCUGUUCAAGAAGUUAACCAGACGCGUUCCGAUGGCGGUAAACUCCACGCAGGUUUUUUUAACGCAUUAACAAAUGCAGUUCUGUCACUUUUGCGGAAAGGGCGUUCGAGAAGGUGCAGUAAAUGGUAUCCGGGUAUUUGCAGCCGUCCUUGUGUUCAUAACGAGCGUAGGUGUACAUAAAUAGGACACUAUUGCCUAUGAAGGUUUCUGAACGCCGUACACAAGCCCGCCGUGGACAAAGCGAAUCGCUGGUAUUACAUUAGGCAAGACUUCCAAAUUAAACUGCGGCAGCACAGCCGCGUAAGCAAACACCGAAGGUGCCAAAUUUUUCUCCGCUAAAGCCACUUUGCCGAUUCGCAGUUUAGCCUGCACUACGAUCCCUGCGUUUUUUCGGUGGAAGGAUUUCGUAUAGAUUUGAUCACCACCACUCUAUAUGUAUACGUUUUCCACUCUCCUACGAGUCUGCAUUUUCAUGGGUUUUCCAUAGUUUGUUCGUUUCUUUCUUACGAAAACGAGUAGUAAGAUAGAAAACUCGCAUACAGAAAACUCUGCGAGUUUGCCAUCCGGCUAUAAGAGCAGCCGCAGCUGUUCGUCGGCGCACUUUCUGCCUGUCAGCAGCCAGAUUAUGCGCCCGAUGUAUACGCGUUUCAAUUUGGCUGCGUGCCCUCUUCCAAACUGAAUCGGCGGCCUCGAUCGCGAGUGAGAAAAGAGAGAGAGAGAGAGCAACUACGAGCUGAGCACUUGGAACGCUAUUCUGUCCGCCGAAAGCACAACUACUGGCAAUCUCUGGGGCUCGCGGCGAAAUGGGGCUAUUUCAAUGUGCGGAAUUCACCCACCGAGCUACAGAAUGGCCGGCACCGCGUUGACUCACCUCAUUGUGUGAUCGCCCUGAAUUUCCGCUAGGCUGCGUGCUGGCAGCGCCCCCGCGCCCUCUUCCAUGCAGUGUGGCCGUGAAUCUGAACGCGACAUUUUCGUGCGCGUACAGCUAUCCGGUGAGGGCAGAACGAGAACCGUAUUAGCGAAGCUCGUCAGGCAGAGAGCUUUCAGUGCGCGCGUAGAGAGCGUGCGCGGCGCACGGCACGCGAGCACGGUGCCCGACGUUACCUUUCUAUUCUUCUCAACCCUAUCAUAGCUAAUCACAACCAAAAAAAACAUUUUUCGCGCGUAUCGAUCACAGACAGCCGAAACGUCGGCACUGUUCUGUGCCGGAGCACCAUACAAGUACCACAAAAUGCGCAGUAUCAUUUAGCGAAACAUUUCCUUCCAGUGUCGUCCGCCCUCCUCGAUACCUGCUCUCCCAUUUUAAAACCGUUUCGGACUAGGCUUUCGUGAGGUGAAAAGAGGGGAUGCAGGGAGGGGCUACGAAAUUACUUGUCAGCUAGACUACCAAAUGCUCAGGACCAUUUCAUCUUACUGGCACAGUAUUUCGUGCAGCAGCAAGCAUGGAAUUGACACACGAAGGAGACGGCUGCGCGCAUACUAUCAUUCUGCGUCGUAACAUAGCGCCAGAAUUGAACCAAGCAGCAUGCAUUCCGCUCUUGUCUAGUUCUGCGUUUGUAGGCACUUAAAGUUGUGCGAUAUCCUAUUAUGGCAUCAUAACACAGUUUUACUUUCACAUUUUCAUCGCAAACAGUCUGUAGCAGCACUCACGUUUUGCACGUGAGCAAAGAGGCUCCAUGUCUCAACUUGCUCAGAAUAACGCCUCCCCGAUAAUCUCGCAGCAAUAGGUGAAGUUAAGCAAUCGGAGUAUUCACAGUCGUAGACGAUCUAAAGAUAGGAAAACGUUCACUCGAAUGUUCUUCAGAAUAUCACGCAAGAAAUAUGUGGUAGUACAUGAUAGUACAAUGUUCCUAAAUACUGAAGGCGUUCCUUCAUACCUUCAUAUGCUUUCUUUUCUGUGUGUGCGUGUGCCUGCGUGUGUGUGUGUGCGUGUGCGCGCGUGCUUGCGGGAGUGUGUGCUUUCCGAAGGGCCUAGAAUUUGCGUGCACGUGAAAGAACUCCAGGUUGCUAAUGAUAUACUGCUUCACUACGCUCUCUUGCAGCCCCAGAGUUUCUUUCGGGUUUUAAACCCCUACCAAUUCCUAAUAAAGUACAUAUUUAGAAUGCCACGCGCUCUUAUCACGGUCGGCGAGCCCUGAAAACAGCCAGAUGCGCUAAAUUAGCGUCUGCACAGUGUCAUCAUAAACGCAGCUGCUCUGAAGCACGUGCACCUAGCAACUCUAGGAAGGCAAUAGCAGAACGCGCCAAGCGCAAUGUGAUAUUUUUUUCUUUUUUUUUCAUAUUGGGCGCACUUUUCUCGAGCUCGGUGAAGACGUUCUCAAUGAGGGGUCGUCAGCAAAUUUACGAAUCAGGCGCUGUGUACAGAGCCCAGAUCACAGAAAGCACGAGGGUUUUCUUUUUUUUUUUUCAUGUUUCUUUCGUUGUGUCGAAUACCAGCGUCAGUUAGCUAUUCUAACCAGUCUGUAGUAUCGAACAAAAUAGCGUCAUUUCACAAAGCACAGCGAAACUCACUAGAAGGUUAGCUGGUCAUUAGCAUGCAUUAGCACUAGCAUUAAAAAAGCUACUGUAGUAGUUUUCUUUCAGACCCCUUUCACCCUUCCCGAGUACAGGGUAGCCAACCGGAGAUUUCCUCUGGUUAACCGUCUUUCGUUUACCCUUCUCUCUCUCUCUCUCUUUGGCGAAGGUGUUCGAGAGCAAUAGCGCAAUCAUCAUAGGGCAAUAUGUCGAAUUAAAGAGUAAUAAAUAGCCUCGAGACAUGAGACCAAAGUGCUGAGGAUGUGCAUCGUGGUCAAGGCGAAUCGCACUAGUCCUCUACCUGAAUAUGCGUUUGCUUUGCGCUGUUUCGUUCCCCGUGCCACUAAGAGACUGACAAAAUUGUUUAAAUGUUGAAAAGUAUCCGCCGAUACCAUCAGCGGAAUAUAAAUCUGUCGCAACAGGCAGUUGUGGGAAAUCAUAACAGUGACGCAGCACAGCUUUCCAAUGUGCUUAAUGCCUUACUUUUAUUCUAGUUUUCGUGAUUAAGAUUUCAAACUACUGUGAACGCGUAAGAUCGAGUUUUCUUUUGUUUUUUUUUCGUUCUAAAGUAUUUCAAUUACUUGCGGUUUCCCUCCGUUGCGGUUUAACGUCACGGCGGUUUAACGUCACGUAGUCUUAAACAGGGUGCGCGGUACACUUGAAAUGGUGGGCUGCAAAAAAAAAAAAUUGACUGCCUGGAGUUCCUUAAGUGCACCCAAUGUUCGGUAUAGAAGAGCGUCCUUGCAUUUCAUGCCCAACGGAACGCGACCGCAGCCGGCAAACAGAACGCGUGACCUCGCGCUCAGCGUAGUUGAAGUCGUAGUUGAAAACCAGAUUUCAAUGUCUCAUUCGUUUUUCACGUUGUUCUUUUGUACUAUACAAAGAGCUGAUCUUAAAUUAGAAGAUCACGCAGUAAAGCGCGCGCAUUGACUCGUUUAGAGGACAUGGUUGCAGGUAACGUUGGGCACCUCAAUGACGAGCUCAUUUUUCACUAGCUAGAAAGCAUUCGACAUGGCGAUUGGUGUUCCGCCGUUCAGCAUGUUAUUCGAUUAAACCAGUGGCGCUGGCAGGAGCGCUCGCGACGCUAGUGACAGAUCACACGCCGCUCAAAACUUUGUGCGCGCCCGCCAUAAUAGACAUUUUUCUUAGCCUCUUUUUAUUAGCCUUUUCCUUAGCCUCUCUGCCGAUUAUGUGCUUAACGAAAGAAAAAAAAAGUUUGAAAUGAAAGUAAACAACUGACAGCGGCUCGGUUUAAGGUUACACCUCAGAUAUCUCAAACCAAAGAGAAGCAACGAUCGCAUCUGGAGACGCCUAAUAUUGCGGGGAUGUAGUUUAUACUGGCUGUUUAAAAAAAAAUAAACUUCCGAACGACCACAAGGAAAACAAAACGAUGCUUGUGAGAUAAAAAUUGCGAUAUAAAGGUGUAGGAAGCAGCGGUAAUAUUGAGUAAACAUUCUCUCCCAAGACCAUCAUUUCCGGUCCUCUUAUAACGCGUGUAAGGAGGCUAUAGGUAAUCACUCGCACGUUCUUGUAAAAGUUUUCUAGGCGAAGCGCUUCCAUGUGCUCUCUCGCUUGCGGACAUGAAACCGAGGACGCUGCAUUCUCUUAACCAGACCGUUAAUUCGAUGCUGAAUUCAGGUGAUAGGGAAGCACGGUUGGUGAGCCACGCGUGCAAAUCGCACGACGCGCGUACGCUAAAAGCAAAAAUGUUCGCACAUAACUAGCACCUUACGACAGAGGGCUUGAAAUUUAGCAGCUGGCACAUUGUGCCAAGAAGCAGUCGACAAUUCCCUAAGUAGCGGAGUUGCGCUAUAGAGGGGCUUCUUUCACUAAACUCUUCUCGUAUAGUACGUUGAGCUAAUCCCUCGCCGCAUCGUGUAUAGUUGACAUCUUGCCGCGCGUCAUUCCCGCCCGCUUGCUCCAAGUUUGCAUCAACCAGCCGUUUCGCGCGCGCAGGUCACAUCGGUGCAAUAGCCGCGACAAACGCGCGGAAGAUGGCAUCCGUUUGUUUCGUAAGCUGCCACCAGGACGCACGCUAAUAUCAACCAUCACGAGAAAGCGCGACCAAGCGAAAGAUCGUUUCGAGUUGAUUUAGAACGUCCGGAUCGUCGCGUGCUCGACGGAACAUGUUUCUCUUAGGUAAGCGUCGUUUUGCUCUAUCCACAGUUGCAGCGCGGGAACUUAGCGAAGCGCUGCGUACAUUUUGCGCUUCGGUUAGAUACUUAACGAAAAUGUAUCAGAAAAGCGUGUGUAGCCUCGCUGAAAGCUGAGUGAACGCGAGAAAGUGAGUGAUCCAUAUGCUUUGCCAGUUCGCGGGUGGAGCGGCUUUUUCGCUUUGCCGAGCCGAUGUUCUGCGCACGCACAGUCUUGCUCUCGCUUUUAGCUGCUAAGCGAAGCGAGCCGUGAGAGCGUUCAGCUAAAAUGACUCCAUUGUUACGAGUACGCGAACUGAUGCUUGGUCUGUGUGCGGUAUGGUCAAAGACCUAACCGACACAGCUGACUGGCUUUGGUUUGUGCGGGGGCUUGCGGUACACGAGCUUGUAACUCCGACUGCCAGACUCGAGCGGCACGAUCACGCGUUGCCGCGUGCGCGUGCGAGCACUGAGAGGAAACGGCGACAUGUCAAAAUCUCUUUGAAUAAGCGAACGCCGACUCAUUCCGCAGUUUCAGGCUACUUAUUAAGUGUACCGACGCAGGCUCAGAGAAUUGUUUUCCUCCUUCUUUCGAUAGCUUACAACCCUGCUCCGGCAAUUCAAAGUCAUCUCUGUCAUCAUUCCUGAAGAAGCAAUUAAAAGAGUACCGGCUCAGCACAUUACAGGUGGCAGACGACUUCUCUCCCAGCAUAUCACGAGAAAUGCGAGAUCUCAAGGCCCUACCUCGAGCCUUUGGUUCACAAUUAUCGAAAUUGACGAACUCAAAAGCGUGCGCACGCGACGAGAAAUAAAAGUGUAUAUGUUACUCCCCCGGAUCAUUGGGCGUCCAUGCACACUACGCCUCGUGCGUCACGCGAACUCCAUCAGCCCGUGAGCUCAGCGGCGUAAGCAUAAUUGCAGCUACAGCUAUGUUUUCUGCUUACGGCGUCUCGCGAAUGAAGAAUACCGCGAACGUUUUAAUAACACUCUGCAGAAUGCUACAGUGAACAGAUAUCUCAAAUUCUUGCAAAGAGUGCAUGAUGGCGAGGGAGUUGCAUAUAUGCUCUUAUUCCCAUUUUCACCUCGCACUUCUUUUUUUGUCUCUCUCUUCUUUACAAAUGUGAACAUAUUACCCAUCCGCACCGCAAGAAUCAAAACGUUGCUCUUUUUUUAGGACACCAUUAUCUUCCAUACGAGUAUUCAGUUGUCUCCUCGGACUUGGUUUUGUUCAUUUGCUCUACAAAAGCAACCGUGCUGCCUUAUUUAGGAAAUAAAAAAAAAAACGAGAUGUUCCAAUAAAAUAUGAGUGGAAAGGCGAAAGCCAGGAGUGGAA